AUGGCUUUCAAGACCAUGAUGUUUGCCGCCCUGGCUGCUCUGCCUGCCGUCUUCGCCUCUCCCAUCGAGCUUGAGUCUCGCGCUGGUUGCACCUACAACGGUGGCUGGCAAAACUUCCCUCCUAUGAGCCAGUGGUUGCCCUGGACCGAGGUCUUCGGCCGCUACCAGCAGUCCAUGGUCAACGCUGGUUCCACCUGGGACGAUGUCGGCCGUAUCAACGUCGCUAUCAGCAAUGCUGCCGCCAGCAUCGGUGUUGACGAGCGUGUCAUCCUCGCCAUCAUCCUCCAGGAGAGCAGCGGCUAUGUUGGUGUUCGUUGCACUGGCAACAACGACUGCGGUCUUAUGCAGUGUGAGGGCUGCCCUGGAUUCCAAGGCCAAAACGGCCUUCCUCAGUCUUCCACCUCCGCCAUGAUCAACGGUGGUACCCAGCACUACAAGCAAAACUUGGAGGACUGGGGUAACGCUUGGGCUGCGUCUUCCAUCUACCCUGCCCUUCGUGAGUACAACUCCGGCAGCGUUAACUCUGGUGAUCUCAGCACUGCUGCUGGUGGCUUCGGCGUUCCUUGCUACGUCUCCGACGUCGCCCGCCGUAUGCUCGGCCAGGUCUUCUAA